AUGUCCUCAGAAAAGCCCAUUCUCGUCGUCUUCGGUGCCACAGGCAACCAAGGAGGGUCUGUCAUAUCGCACUUUCUAUCGUUGCCCUCUUCUCCGUACACCCUUCGCGGCCUCACUCGUGACCCAUCGUCGUCCAAAUCUGUUGCUCUCGCAGCGCGCGGAGUGGAGAUGGUAGCUGGAAAUAACUACGAUCCCGCCUCCCUUGACGCUGCCUUCAAAGGUGCAUCUGCCAUCUUCUGCGUUACCGAUUUUUGGGCUGCUUUCUUCGAUCCUUCGCAGCGCGAGAAGGCUGCUGCAUCUGGUAUAUCUAUUGGAGAGUAUUGCAGGAAUCUCGAGGAGCAGCAAAACCGAAAUAUCAUCGACGCUGCUGCCAAAGUAAGCACGCUAGUGCGCUUUGUGUUUUCCAGCUUGCCGAACACGAACAAAUUAAGCAGUGGGAAGUACAAAAACGUCUACCACUUUGAUUCCAAAGCUCUUGCCGAAGAAUAUGGUCGUGCGACUCAUCCAAGCCUUUGGGAGAAGACGACCGUGCUUUAUGCCGGACUGUACCUGGAGAAUUGGCUCGACACCUUGGGGGCUGGUGCUUUACUACCUCCAAAAUGGAACAAGGAAGAGGACCAACUUGUAUUGCCUUUGCUGGGUCCAUUGAGCGAUGCGCCGUUCCCCCUGUACUCCGCAGUGGACGAUACCGGCGCCCUUGUACAUGCCAUACUUCGCACGGACCCGGGCCAGAAGGUCGUCGGUGUCAAUGAAUGGCUCAGUAUCAAAGAUAUUGCCAUAACUUUGGGUCAAGUGCUAGGAACUCGCGUUGAAUUUGUCCAGGGUGAUCCAGGCUUCGACCUGGGAGACCCAGAUCUGACAAAGGAGAUGGCGGAGAUGAUGGAAUUUAGUGUUGUGUUCGGAUAUGAUGGGGCAAGGGUUGAUAAGACCAUUGUGAAACCUGGCGAAUUAGGAGUGCCAGUGCAUCUUCAGUCUGUCAAAGAGUGGUGUGCAAAGCAGGAUUGGAAGAGUGUGCUACAGGUUGGUGGAAAUUGA